UUUGUUACAAUCAACCACCAUUUUCCAUUUUAUGCUUCCACUAUCUCUCUAAAUUAUUUUCUCUAAACAUAAAUAAGGUCAACGUUGACUUAAAAUGACAGUAGCAAAAGAUGAUAAGUUUGUUCCACAUCCGGUGAAGGAUCAGUUUCCCGGAGUGGAGUUUUGUAUAAAUAGUAAUCCUCCUUGGGCCGAAGCUGCUGUUUUGGCUUUUCAACACUAUCUGGUGAUGCUAGGGACCAUUGUUCUUAUAUCUUCCAUUAUUGUUCCUCCAAUGGGUGGAGGUCCUGUGGAGAAAGCUUAUAUGAUACAAACAAUGUUAUUUGUUGCCGGAAUGAACACAUUGUUACAGACAUGGUUUGGGACAAGACUUCCUGUGGUGAUUGGAGGCUCAUUCAGAUUCGUCGUUCCUAUGCUAUACAUUGCUCUAUCACAUCGUUAUAGUUUUUACUUUGAACCCGCUAUUAGGUUUCGUCAUACAAUGAGGGCAAUGCAAGGAGCACUUAUGAUCUCUUCACUUCUUCCUAUUAUACUUGGAUUCCUUGGUAUUUGGAGAAUCGUUGUCAGGUUCUUAAGUCCGCUAUCUGCGGUUCCUCUGGUAACCCUCGUCGGACUUGGUCUCUAUGCACAAGGGUUUCCUCUAUUGGCAGAAUGCGUUGAGAUUGGGCUUCCCCAGUUAAUUCUACUAGUUCUCUUCUCUCAAUAUGUCCCUUACUGGUACAAAUCAAAGUGGCUUGAUCGAUUUGCUGUCCUUAUCUCUGUAGCAAUUGUAUGGGCAUACGCAUCUCUUCUUACAGCAGCCGGUGCUUAUAAAACUAGACCCCCCAACACUCAGUUCAGUUGUCGUGUGGAUCGCUCUGGUCUUGUAAGCGCUGCUUCAUGGAUAAAGUUCCCAUAUCCACUCCAAUGGGGUCGACCCACUAUUCAUGCUGGAGAUGUUUUUGUAAUGUUAGCAGCUGCUUUUGUGUCUCUAAUCGAGUCAACAGGCACGUUUAUUGCAGCAGCAAGAUAUGGGAGUGCUACACAUGUUCCAUCUUCUGUAUUAAGCCGUGGAGCUGCUUGGCUGGGAAUUGGUAUAUUGAUGGAUGGGUUAUGGGGUACAGGAACCGGCUCAACUGCAUCAGUUGAAAACGUUGGUCUUCUAGCAGUAACUAAAGUGGGAAGCAGAAGAGUGGUACAAAUGUCUGCAGGUUUCAUGUUCUUCUUUUCCAUUUUAGGAAAAUUCGGCGCCAUUGUAGCUUCCAUACCUUUACCAAUCAUUGGAGCUCUAUAUUGUGUCUUGUUUGGCUACAUGUCUUCUGCUGGUCUAGGGUUACUACAGUACUGCAACCUUAACAGUUAUCGUACAAAGUUUAUCCUGGGUUUCUCACUCUUCAUGGGUCUUUCCGUCCCACAAUAUUUCAAUGAUUACGUGAUAACAACUGGAGCAGGCCCUGUUCGCAGUAGAUCCACUUGGUUCAAUGAAGCGAUGUUGGUGAUAUUCACGUCUCCAGCAACAGUAGCGGCUAUUGUGGGUAUGUUUCUUGACAGGACUCUGGGGUAUAAUCACAAAGAUGUAAGAACAGAUGGAGGAAGACAUUGGUGGGGGAAAUUUAAGUACUUUGAAAGAGAUGUGAGGAGUGCAGAGUUCUAUUCCCUUCCUUAUGGACUUUCUAAGUACUUUCCUUCUGUUUGAUUCUUAAUUCUUGAUUUUGUGUUUAUUAAUAUUUUGAGAUUGAGAUACAUUCAUUCCAGCCUAUAGAAAAGAAAAGCUUUUAGCUUAUUUGUAGGCUUGUAGUCUUGUGAAUAUGACUGUUUGAAAUGAAGAAUGUAUCUAUUAAUAUUCCAA